AUGGACAGCGACGACUUUGUUAUUGUGGAUUGUUCUGAUGGAGGUGUUGAUGAUGUUGGUCUUGGUGAAUUGAAUUCUACCACUCGACGUCCAGGGAUUAGAAUAUUGACAGUUGCAGUGAAACCGGAAAUACUUGCUAAGGUUCGCGUGUGGUUGUGUUCGACCAAGUUUGACACUGAAGGUAGCGAAUAUCACAAACACCUCAAUGCUCACGUUGCUGGCACAUGUGACUGGCUGCGACAUGCUGAGCAAUAUGAAAAAUGGUAUAGCUCGGACGACGUUGGCCUCCUAUGGAUCAAAGGCAUCCCAGGAAGCGGCAAAUCAGUCGUUGCUGCUCACCUGAUUCAAUGCCUCUCCCAACAGGAAAUCGCGCCUCUUCUGUUCUUCUUCUCGCGACAAAUCUUGAGAACAAACAGCGAACCGAGGCAUCUCCUUCAAGAUUGUUUGUAUCAGGCUUUAGAUCACAGUACGCCACUGUGUUCAGAGUUGAAGAAAAUCAUGGACCGACAUCCAGAAGUCGGGCAAGCGCCCUUUCAUGAGCUUUGGACAACAUUUAUGUCAGUCCUGCUCACAUUUCCCAAAGUCUACAUCGUGCUUGAUGCUCUCGAUGAGCUCGCAUUUGAGCAGGAUUGUUUUUUGGAGCAUCUCCUCAAUCUUGGUCAAAGCAAACCGCGCACAAUCAAAGUGAUAGUAACCAGCCGCCCGCUGCCACCUCUGCAAAAGAGACUGGACAGACGUAACGUCGCCAGUCUUCGGCUUUCGGGUCGCUUGGUGGAGGGAGAUGUUGCUGCAUAUAUCAGUCAUCGCAUAAAGUCCCAGCAAGAAAGAGCCUUGACGAAUGAAGAACAGUCAGCGAUAAAGAGCACCCUUUGUUCAAAAGGUAGCGGUCUGUUCCUCUACUCGCGGCUCAUGCUCGAUGAGUUAUUACAGAAAACAGGCACCAUUCAGGGAAAGUUGAAAAAACUUCCGUCUUCCCUCGGAGAGAUGUACAUCGAUCUCUUGAAGGAGCAUUCCGUCCGGUCUGGGGCCGGCGUGGAUUUUCAAGCCUUGCUACUCUCUUGGAUCGUCCAUGCUGCCCGUCCGCUCAGGCUAUCCGAGCUUACUGCCUUGGUAAAUUCUCUCAGAGAUCGAGGUGGACUGAAAGAGGCACAAGAUGCGAAGGAUAUGGUCCGAACGUCAUGUGGUCCGCUUUUGGAGGUUCUGGAGGAUGGAACCCUUCAUGUGAUUCAUCAUUCCUUUACUGAAUUUCUCCUAGACACUGCCAGAGAUACUUCGACUGUUUCCUCAGAGCCCGACAGGUGGUUUCCCACUUUAUUACCCAUUAAUGGCCAUCGAUCUUUUGUGUCAGUAUGUAUUGACUACAUGUGCUCCGGUUGUUUUGAAUCAUGGGUUGUUCAAGACCGAGAAGUCAUCUACAUCUCUUUGGAUUCGAUACAGAAGAGGGAGACCUUCUUACUCCAAUUUCCCUUACUUAGUUACGCAACAGAGAAUUGGCUCUAUCAUGCAGCAAGAUGUGACGCUUUCAACCAGGAGUUAUUCUCAAAGUUCGACAACUUCUUGCGCGAUGGGAACCAUGAUUUCGAAAGCUGGAGAGAGUUCUGGAAUUCGGAAGAUUCAGUUAAUCACUUGCAUCCGAUUCACGUUGUUGCUCAAGCAGGUUUGGCUGCUUAUAUGAAGCACCUGCUGGUCAAAGGUGAGAUGCCAGACCAUCCUGAUCCUCUCGGGUGGACACCUAUUGGAUAUGCCGCGGCUUGGGGGCAUGGCGAAGUCGUUGCCGUUCUUUUGAGUCAUGGAGCAUGCCCAUCAACACCGGACUCCAAUGAUCUGACGCCUAUUCAUCAUGCUGCUAAAGGGAAUCAUGUUGAAGUCUUGCGCCAUCUACUUGCGGCUGGCGUAGAUCCACGGUCGCAGGAACCGAGAGAAGCAUCUGAACACCAAGACUUUCAGUGGCAGGAGCAUACUCUCGGAACCACACCCAUCCAGUACGCAUGCGAAUUAGGCAACGUGGAUGCUGUCGUUGAGCUUUUGGAGUACAUGGAACCCGAAUCAAGAAAAUCUGUUCACCCACAUUGGGCCGCUUUUAAUGGCCAGGCAAAAGUGCUUCCCAUUCUUCUAAAAUACCCCGAAAUUUUAGCGAAUAUCAAUCGGGAAGAUGAAGACGGAGAAACUCCUCUCUUCCUUGCUGCAUCCUCGAGAGACUCCGAAACCGUUCGAAUUCUGCUGGAGCAUGGCGCGGACGUACAUGGGAUAUCCACUGGCCAUCCCAUGACUGAACGUAAGCCGGUCGACCCAAGAUAUGCACGCAAGCACGCAGGUCGCAGUCCGAUACAUGGCUGGGCAAGUUGUAGGAGUCAAAAACACAGGCCCCGACCAGGAAGAUCCCUAGAUGAAAUGGAGAAAGUUUUAUCCUUGUUAGUGAAAUAUGGCUGUGACAUUGAAGACAGGAAUAACAUUGGUGAAACUGCAUUGUUUGCAUGGACUGACCAACUCUAUCUCGGUCAGCGCGAUCCAGAAAGCAAGGCUCGAUAUAUUUCUGUUCUCCUUAAGCAUGGUGCUGAUCCAUGUGCGAAGGACUACGAGGGAAACACUCCGCUCCAUAAGAGCGAAGCAUGGAAUACGGAUCGAAAACCUCUGGAAUUGCUGGUAAAAGCGGGAGCCGACAUAAAUGACGCCAACGAUUCAGAUGGCUCGACACCGCUCAUCUCUGCCGCAAAAGCUCGGAUUCUUGACGUCAGCGAACUCAUUGAACUUGGGGCCGAUCCCAACAGGCAGGAUUUGGACGGGAAUACUGCUUUACAUCACACCUGUAAGUCAUGGUUACUCGAAAAGUUACAUGUAGAAAAGUGGUUGUCGUUUGCGGAUCCCAGGAUCAAGAACAAAAAAGGUGAGACAUGUUUGAAUAACCUCCGUUGGGGAAAUGGUGGCCAGGGUCGGGUUGACUCCAUCAAGCUCCUGGUAGAAAAGGGACUUGAUCUCGAAUCGAGAGAUAUCCGUGGAAGAACAGCCCUGCUGGCUGCCUGCGAGAAUGCACAACCACAGUUUAUUUAUGGACUUCUUGAUAAUGGAGCUGACUUGCAAACCACGGACUCACAGAACAAGUCUUGUCUCCAUGUACUUGCGCAGGUUCACCUGUUCAAUCAUGAUGGUGGAAAGAAAGAUUUAGAAGCCACCCUGAAGGUCAUGGAACAUCUGAAACGGGAGGGGAUAGAUAUCAACGCCGGGGAUAAUGCUGGCAACACACCUUUUCACCAUGCUGUCGCUUGGGAUGACUUCUGGAGAACUGUGGAGAUCAACAUGAAGGCCAUUUUGAGGUCUGGCGGCGUUGCCAAUGCACGUAAUCACCGAGGGCAGACCGCAUUGCACCUGGCGGCUGCUCUGAAAUCAUAUGACCAUUACAGUAUCGGGAACGAAUCUCCUUCAAGACUGGAUUUCCUAUUGAAUCCUGAUCUCGAUAUCGAUCUCCACACGCGAGACCAUGAAGGGAUCCAGGCCAUCCAUUUGGCUGCAUCAUCAUCAGAAAUCACCACUUGGCGGCUCUGCCUUGCCCAUGCGGACUUGAAAGCCCAAACUCUCGAUGGUCGCACUCCACUUCAUUUUGCAGCACAAGCAGCUCAAAGGGGUGCUGUCGGCCUGCUCUGUCAGCUUUAUGAAGAGCGGUCCUGGACAAUCGAUCAACGAGAUGCUAAUGGACGUACUCCCCUCCAUGAAGCCGCCCAAGCCGGAGACUCUGAAAGUGUUUAUUAUCUCUUGAAAUAUGGUGCAGAUCCAAAUGCCAGGGAUAGGAGAGGUAAAGCAGCUCUUCAUGCCGUUGCUGAGCACCAAUCCAACUCGAAGACGCUGUUUAUACAACGUCGAUGCGAGAGCGUGGCAAACCAUAAGACUGGAAGUCGUGUCAAGUGGAGCUUGACACCAUAUAUCGGUUGGAACCAUUGUCAUUCAGAUGAUCCGUUGGGGACUUAUGUCAUUUUCAACGAAGAGGAAACUUGCAUGGUGCAAGACGUCGUACGUCUGCUUGUUGCAGCUGGUGCCGAUCUCGCUGCACUCGACAAGUCAGGACGUACUGCAUAUCAAAUCGCUGUUAAGUCAGGUUGUGAAGCUGCUAUCGAGUUGCUUUCUCUACGAAUGCAAAGAACCCCAUCAGCCGAUGGACCAGCCGACGCAAACCGAUUGGCGGAGGAGUGGUACGCAAUGAGGACUUCAGGGGCUGGGACGAUCGCCCAAGGUCUUGAUGUCAACACCAGCAAUUCCUACCGGUGCCUCGAGACAGCCAUUUCGUUCAAAAAUGAGGCCCUUCUAGCUGCAAUUCUUGAGGCCGGAGCGGAUCCUACGAUCGCCGGGCCUCAUGGUCUAACGCCAUUACAUUGCGUUGCUUAUUGGGGACUUAUCUCAAUGAUGGAGAUCAUGUCGCGCUAUGUCGACGACUUGAACGCUGUAUCACCACCACUACUGCACCUAGCAGCAACCCGAGCCACUUCAAACAUUCAGAUGGUUGAUCUUUUGAUCAAACUCGGCGUCGACGUCAAUGCUUCGUUCCAGGAGACCAACAGGCAUUACACCAGUUCUCCACCACCCUCGUUCGGCGCCGUGCACAUCUUCGCUACCGGCGAUAACUGGUGGUACAUCUCGGCGCUCCGGUCUCUUUGCGAAGCCGGAGUUGAUGUCGAGCUCAGAGAUGCAGAAGGGAGAACGGCACUGCAGUGCGCACUGAGCGGCUGGAGAAGUGGUUCCGAAACAGCCAGCCAAGCAGCGGGCUUCUGGCGAGACCAGACCUUGGAGGUGUUGCUCGCAAACGGAGCAAACGUCAACGCCUUGUCCCCAGACAACGCAUCGACGCCUCUCACCGAAGCUUUGGAGGCAAAGCGAGGGCCACAGCUCAUUCGAAGGCUUCUUGGCUCCGGGGCUGACGUGUCUCUUGGUGCAAUUCCUGCUCUCUUCGUAGCCAUCGAGAGCGAGGAUCUCGAAACCACGAGGGUCGUUUUGGCCGCAGCCGGAGCAAAUGUCAAUGCUACGUAUCGCCCACAGGAAGCGAAAUUUUACAAUAAAGGUCCGACAGUCGAGACGCCUCUGCUCGCGGCGGCUCUGAGGGACGGGCAGAUGAAUUUCGAUGAUGAAAGUGCAAAGUCAAGAACUGCGAUUAUGGCAUUCCUUCUUGAGCAGGGCGCCAAUCCUGUGAUGGAAUUGGACGGCGCGAAAACCACCGUCUUCCAUGAAAUAGCUUAUUUCUCCGGCAUCCUCACCCCGAUCAUCGACUCCGGUUUCGAUUUAGAGAUCAAAGACCAACAAGGCCGAACUCCCUUACUCAGAGCCUGUUCUCCAAUUGACUUGAACUAUCGCAGCAUCACCGGCGAAUAUGCAGCGCUUGAAUUGAUCCGUGGCGGAGCGGAUAUCCAUGCAACCGAUGAUACGGGUUCGACAGCGCUCCACCUUGCCACUGCAGCGGGCCUUGUCAAGACGAUCUCCUCACUCAUCGCUAAAGGGGCUUUGGUGUCUGCCUGGAAUCAUGCUGGCUGCACGCCGCUCUACAAUGUCAUGAGCCUUCGUCAUAGCUUUACGACGAAACUCGAUCUGAUCCAGGGCUUGCUAUGCGCCGGUGCAGAUCCACUCUCCACAGGUCCCAACGGCGAAACCGCCUUACACCUCCUCGCUCCAGAUUUGAUGUCUCUCAGUCCAGCCACUGAGCCGCCGCUGUAUGAGGACGAGGCCAAUCGUUAUGAGGAAUACGCUCAACUCUACCAACGCUUUAUACAUCUCGGCUGUGACUGCGAUUCUCGUGACGACUUUGGGAAUACCCCCCUAUUUCCGUACCUUGCGACGGUGAAGCCGUGCUCCGACAUGCUACCUUAUUACCGUCCGUCUUGGACGGAUAUAAAAACCAUGUUACAUCGCCACGAUGUAUUCGCGGUGAAUGGUAAUGGAGAUACACUGUUACAUGUUAUAGCCAGACGAAAAGAUCAGCAGGGAUCCGUCUACGGUGGCGAUUCAGAAUCGGUCUUGCUAUUCAAGGAGUUGAUGCAUCGAGGGUUAGACCCACAGAGGGAGAAUAAGUAUGGGUUUAGUCCUUUGGAUGUGGCCGCUGCCUGCAAGAACGAAGCCGUGCUGGCACUUUUCAGGUCGGAGGAGUGA